UAAAUUAAAGAUUAGGUUUUUUGUUUUAUUUUUGUAUUUGUUUUAAUUUAUAUUUAAAACGUUAACAACAACAACAAACAAUACACAACAAGUUAAGAUAACAAAUUUGUAAUAAUAUUUAUUAUUAAUUGUACUAUAUGGUGGAGUAUAAUAACUAAAGAUACGAAAAAAGCCAGCAAAUUACGUGGCCGUGAAUGUGUUCUAGCUUGUUUUUUUUUGUUGGUAUAAACUUCAGUUUUCCAACUUCUGUGCCAGAGUCAUAAAAAGAAGUAGACCAUUGCUCAGUCCGUUGUCCGUCAUUUAUAUAUUACAAUACGCUUAUGUGUUAGAGUAGUGUGUAUGUGUCUGAGCAAAGAAAACUUAAGUUGUGAAAAUUUUUAUGGUGUGUUUGCUAAAUUCAUAAACAAACAAAUAAACAAUCACAACAAAUAAUAAUGGAAUACAUUAAACAAUUAAAUGGUGGCGAAAUAGCCCCACCCCAAGUGGCGCCCACAGCAACACCUCAAGUUACCAUUGCUGAAUCGAACAAUACCGUUGUGGUCAAUGAUUCCGCCUCGCAAAGCGAAGAGUCCGAUUUGGAGUUCAUUGAUAAUAGCACCGUGGAGUUACGUGGUUAUCUAAGCAAAUGGACUAAUUAUAUUUAUGGCUGGCAACCGCGCUAUAUUGUUCUUAAAGAUGGCACAUUAUCCUAUUACAAAUCGGAAUCGGAAUCAGACUUUGGUUGUCGCGGUGCUAUAAGUCUAAGUAAAGCCACAAUUAAGCCUCAUGAAUCCGAUGAACUGCGCUUUGAUGUUGUGGUCAAUAAUUACAAUAAUUGGUGUUUACGAGCUGAAACACCCGAGGAUCGUAUGCACUGGGUGGAAGUAUUACGUAUGUACAAAGAGGACAGCACUAGUACGGAUACAACAUCAUUGCGACGUCAUGGUAGUACAAUGUCAUUGCAAUCAAAUACUGUCUCGGUGGCCAGUGGUAGCAGUUUGAAAAAAACCCAACGUAAUCUCAAGGAGAAAGUUGGCGAAAUUGAAACAUUCAAGGAUAUUUUAUUUGGACAAAUAGAAACCUUGCAAAGAUACUUUGAUGCAUGUGCGGAGGCAAAUAAAGGCACAGAUAUACCAUUAGAUUUGGGUGAUGGCUUGAAACCAAUUGAUUUUAAGGGUGAAUCUAUUACAUUUCGCGCUACUACAUCUGGUGUUUUAAGUACUUUGCAGCAUUGUUUGGAAAUUAUAGCGGAAAAUGAUGAGAUUUGGAAAAAGAAAUUGGAUAGAGAAAUUGAAAAGCGUAAAAAGAUUGAAGAUCAAAGUCGUAAAUAUAAAGAAGAAAUGGAAAAGUUGAAACGUAUUUCAUAUCCGGGACCUGAUUUGGAGGAAGGACCACAUUCCACCCUACCAGAAGAUGAAUUUUUCGAUGCCGUCGAAACUGGUUUGGACAAAAUUGAAGAGGACAUGCAAUUACGAGCCAAAUUAAAACUUCAAUCCCAGCAAUCACAAAAUUCCACACACAAUUCAAUACAUUUUGCACAGACCGAUGAUGAAGAGUGCAGUGCCGCAGAGGAGUUUGGUACCGGUGCCUUAGCAAAAACACACAAUUUAUGGCCAGAGAUUGAUAGAGUUUGUUUAGAACAGCUACAUCAUGCCCGCCAGGGUGUUGGCCAGGACGGCAAUGGUUGGCAAAUAUUUGCCGAUGAGGGUGAAAUCAAAAUGUAUAAACGCGAGGAGGAGGUAAAUGGCAUGGUGAUGGAUCCCUUGAAGGCUUAUCAUACGGUUAAAGGUGUAACGGCUAGAGAAAUGUGUCAUUAUUUCUUUAUGCCAGAAUUUCGCAAUGAAUGGGAAACUACCUUGGAAGAUUGUAUAAUUUUGGAAAAGAUCUCACCCGAUACAUUUUUGUUUUUACAAACUCACAAACGUAUUUGGCCAGCUAGUCAAAGAGAUGCACUAUUUUGGUCUCAUAUGCGCAAAAUUUCAGAUGGUCUAGAGGAGGGUUCCUACGACAACUGGAUGGUUUGUAAUAAUUCAACAGAAUAUUCAAAACAGGAGUCCAAGAAUGGCAAAUGUGUGCGAAUAUUUUUAACUGUUAUACUUGCCUGUCAAACCAUUUUGCCACCGGGUAAAACUAAAAAUGAUAAACUAAAUAGAAACGAUUUAACCUGUAAAGUUACCUAUUGUUCAGUGGUUAAUCCUGGUGGUUGGGCUCCUGCUUCAGCUUUACGCGCUGUUUACAAGCGUGAAUAUCCAAAGUUCCUUAAACGUUUUACCGGUUACGUGAUAGACCAGUGCAAAGAGAAACCCAUUAUGUUCUGAUAUUUGCCAUUUUCAUUAUUAUUAUUAUGAUUGUUAUAGUAAAGUAAUUUUAUAUAAUUAUUUAAACAAAAAAGAAAAAGAAAGAAACAAAAUUUAAAUGUAUGUAUAUUUUUUCUGUUUGUUUUAAAUUCAAAUUAAAAAUGUAAAAAAAAAAAUGUAAUUGUUGUGAAUAAGUUGGUAAAUUCUAAAUGUAAUUUAGAGGCAUGAAAAUUUAAUUUUCAUACCACAUAAUAUAUGUAUUUCUUAUUUACUUCAAAUAAUGCAAUUAAUUGUUUUAGUAAAAUUUGAACAAAAAUAAAAAAAUAACCAAAAGUUUUUGUUUUAUGUAGAGAAAUAUUAAAAAGAACUGUUGAAAUUAUAAAAAAACAAAAAAUAAAAAUAAAUGAUCAAAAUGUAAUGAUUUGUACUAAUGGAAAAAUAUUGCAAAUAUUGUUUCGCUAUUUUGAAACUAAUUAAGUUUUUAACUAAAUAUUUUGUAACGUAUACGUUUUUUGUAUAGUUUAUUUUUAUAAUUAUUAUUUAGUGUAAGUUUUUUUUUCACUUUAUGGAAGUUUUUAAAAGCACAUGAAAAAAUAUAUCAAAAUAAAGGCUUCAAAUAUUGUUUAUAUA